GGUUAGCUAAUCCGAGAUUGUACAACUAGCCCUAACUCCAUCAUUUGACUGUGACGCUCCUUCCUUUCCGUUGACGUCAAGUGUGAAUCGAUCUAGAGAUUACUGUCUUAUAUCGAGGAGAGGAGUAUUAUAGUUUUCGCAUACAAGAACUCCCAUAAUGUUCGAUUAGCAGACUUAUUUUCUUCACUGUUCCGAAAUAUAUUCCGUUUUUGGCGGAUGACCGUAUUGUGCAUUGACCUUUUUCAUAAGGCCUGCGUGUAUUGUGCGCCGUAGAUUCAAGGGGAAACGUAUUUUAUCCUCACACUCAUUGCAUCAACAGAAAAUUGCGACAUAUGCCAAAUGGCAGCGUUACAGCGUGAAAAAGUAUAUUUUUUCGGAAUUCUGGUAGUAAUCUUAUUUCAAGUGAAUUUCUCUAUUCUAGCAGAGAUAAGUGAGCACUCUAGAUCUGUGAUUGGCGUAGCCCGUCGUGUAUCCCCCCAAUCCGAAGACGUUACCAUGUAAGGCGUAUAAUAAGAAUCCAGUUUGUGUAUGUUUGUGGAUCACCUGUUGAAUGAAAGCGAUGUCUGUCAUUUUAAAAAAUGUUAUGAAUAGCAUAUGGCAUGCAUUUAACGCGCUAACGUCAGAUAAAAGCGGUGUUGUGGUGAAAUCGAGAUUAAAAGUCCUUACAGCUAAUAUUGGCACUUUAUUGGAUCUUUACGGCGUUGAGAAGGGAUUAGAACACUAUCGCAGCACAAAAUGUUUGAAUUUUGGACACUAUAGUUAUUAUUUACAACGAGAGGUAUUUUCAUCUUUGCCUGACAACAUAUCGAUAGCUGCAUUACGAGACUAUGAAGAAAAAAUUGAUGAAGUAUGUUGGCUUGUAUGCAAGAAACAUUACCUUUCAAGGGAACAUCCUGUGUUUUCCGAUGUAUGUGUCUACAAGCUAUUCAGGAUAUUUUGUCUACUUGCAGACCUGAUUCCACAGACUGAGGAAAUUUACCAGGUUCUCCUACAUACGUCAGAAUGUGCCAGUGUUGCAUCACAGUUUGUUACUUCUUUGGGCUUACAGUGGGAUGCUUCUGAUUUUGAGUCCCUGGCUGCUGUGAUUGGUUCGUUUAGGUUCCCAACAUUCCUUGCUGUUAUGGAAACAAAGUACAGUGGUGCUGGAAAAACAGAUCAAGCAGGAGUGGAAGAAGCAGUGCAUGAAAUGUACCAAACAUUCCUCUAUGAUGUUCUGAAAAAGGGCAUGUUGUAUAAACGUGGGUAUCUUCUUCCGACAUUGAAGGAAUAUUGGUUUGUAUUGCAUCCAACAGAGUUGAGCUACUUCAAAAGUCAGAAUGAGAGAGAACAAUGUGGGUCAAUUCCACUGGAUCCCCAGUGCAGAGUAGAUGUGAGUCCACCAACAAAUAGCAAUUCAACCCGGGACAGGACUCGAUUUGUGCUCAAUACCAAUGACAGAACAUUUGAGUUCGCCACUAUGGAUCACAGAACCCGUUUGCAAUGGAUAUCUUCCUUGCAGACAGCAAUAUCAUAUUCUGGAUUGCGUGAAGGUUACCAGAGGUCACAAGCAAAUCGUAGAAGGCGGUUAAGAGAUGCAGAGAUCCUAAAAAUAAGUGAGGAGAACAGACGUCGAACGAGCCAGAUAAUUGAUAUGGAACAGACGAGAGCAGAGUUACAAGCAGAGAAAAUGGCCCGCUUAGCUGCAGAAACGCAAGCAAAAGAACUUGAAGAAAUCCACAAAGAAGAGGAAAGAAGGCUUCAGGAAUUGGAAGAUGUUCGGCGCAGGCUUGAAAAAUUACUAGAGGAAGAAACUCAGGCGAAGCGAGAUGAAGAAAUAGUGAGGAAUCUUCAAGCGAGAGUUCUUCGUGAAGAAUGGGAGAAGAGAGAGGAAUUGGAGCAACUCCAAGAAGAACAGAGAUUACUUCUAGAACAAGAGAGAGAGAAGAGAAUUGAAUUUGAGAAAAAACAGAGAGACAAGGAAUUGCAACUGCAAGAUGCUAUUGAUCGUCUGAGGCAGCUAGAAGAAGAAAGAUUGCAGCUUGAUCAGGAACUUAAUAUUGCAAGAGAUAAGAUACUUCUGUCAGAAAAAUCAAAAGAAGUUCUUGAGGCGAAAUUGAGGGUGAUAUCUCCACAAAUUCGAGAGCCAGAUAGAAUAAGACGUGCCCUUUCAUUUAUGCCCUCGACUAAGGAAAGACCUACUCACAUACAAGUUAGAGGGGCUAAGAGCUUCCGUUCUAAAGGCCAACAGAAUGCAGAAUCCUGACCCGGCUUGGAUUAGCAAUAAUAUGUUUACUUUUGUCAGCGGGUCACAAAGUUAAACCUAACGAGUAGAAUAUAUUAGAGGAUAAGAAUGAGUAUAAUCUAUGCCUCAUACCUCCCAUUCUUCAGCCAUAGUCCAGUCUCCCCCCACACUACCUCUUCCCUCCUACCUCUCACCUCCCCUCCUCCCCCUAACCCCCACCUUCUCCAGACAGAAAGUUGGAAAGACAGCUCGCUGGAGUCGUAUUUCAGUGCAUGCUAUGUUUCAUUUGUGUUACGCACGAUUUUAGGUGUGAAAUUUUGGAGUUGUUGUAAUGAUUAUAUAUAGUAUGAGCAAAUUUAUCAACUCAUUGUCUGUUACUUUCGUUGGCGAAGAAUGGGAUUGAGGGGUACAUCAUGUUACAGAGAUUUUUGAAAGAACAAGCUUCUUUCAGCAUUGGGAUCAUUAUCUUAUUAACUUCUCUCCAGUAGUAAGAGCAAUGUGUUUCAUAUUGAAUAUGCCAUGUUCUUUGUGCUGGCACGUGGAGUGGAUUCAAAUGUUGAAUGAAAAGAAAAUUGAGAUGUCAGAAACAAAUAGUUUGAGGGACCAGUUAUCUCCGAUGCAUUUAUAAUGCUGCCCAUUUAGGGCAAACCUAAUAUGAUUUGUGUAAUUGUGAACGUAUAACAUUGUUUGUAAACGAAACAAAUAUGAGAAUUACUGACAAUGUGGGAUGAGUGAAACAGGUGAUUAAAAUGAACAUGAUAAAUGUUGAAUCUCAGUCUUAGGAAAAGAUUAAUAACUGUGGGAGCUAUUACAGGCAAAAUUUUAACAAACAAUGGUCUGUUGAAAUUUUUAAUUAUAUAUAGUAUGUCAUGAAUGAAUAUCUUAAUUGCAAUGAAUUCUGGUUUCGUCAUCACUGUGCUACUCCAGACAUGAAGAAUUUUCACAUUUAGUGAAAACUCUGUAACUUUAUAUAUAAUAUCAUUAAAUAGAAAAAGAUAAUGGUCACAUAGUACUAGAUAUUUUAUAUAUCGGCACCACUGUUAUGUAGUAUGUUGGCAGUAGUUAAUGUUGAUAGCCCUAAAAUGAGAAAUUUGCCUGCAUAAAUUUGAAAAUGGAUUUUUUAAAAGUAUCUAUUGCCUCAUAACUUACAUUAACAUUAUUGAUAAUUACAAUGAUACUCUUAUUUUGUUGUGAGAAUUUGUUUAUGGAAAUCUAGAGAAAUUUUUACUGUAUGCCUGGAAACCUAAACCCUUUGUAGUGCAUGUUAUAAAUUAGCAACAUAUGCUUCAUUACAGUAAGUUUACUUUUUCCUUAUUCAUCCAGAAUCUGAAAUUACAGUUAUUCAAUUCUCUGAAUGAGAAGUUUCUUGACAAUGCUUUGUGCUUCCUUAAAUAUGCAGGAGGCCCUCAGUUGGCAUGAUCCAAUGACCACUGAUGCUACUGCAACUUUGGGAGCUGCAUGCAGCAAUAAAUAGCCAUUUUCAAAAUAAUUAAUCCAUGACAAACUUGAUUUUUAACAUCUCACUGAUGUUCAAAAUUAGCAAUAGUUACAGCAAAGCCUUCCUAGGUGGAACACAGAUCCACAGUUGGAAGCACUUUAAUACAAUUGAUAUCCACGCCCUAGUCAUUGGUUACACUUUCUGUCUCAUGAGACCUUGUCCACUAUUGACUCAACUGAAAAGUCAUUUUACAGCUUCUCUGAGGUCUGGGAGGAUUCUGCCAUCAAUAUAUCCAAAAUUCCCACAGUCCACUCAUUUCAAUCUCUGUUAAAUGUACGUAGUGUAACAGUACAGUCUUUGAUUUAAAGAUAGAAGCUAUUUGUCAUACUGAUAUUUCUAUUGUAUUUCUAUUUGAUGAACCAGGAAACGGGGUUGUCAUCACAAUAAGAAUUGGUUUUUGUAAUCUGAAGAUUCCUAGUAAUGGGUGGAAUGCUUCCCUAAGUAAUAAGUGUGCUUUCAAUGGAAUAUUUUCCUCGUGUUUCCAGUUGCUGAUGUGAAGUUUUUAUUGAAUUUAAUGUCCCAUGAUUUCAAUUUGACAUCAGCUACCUCACUGAUAAUAAUCGCCAGGGAGUUGAAUAUCAUAUGCCUUGCCAGAUUUGUUCAUUUCUAAUAAUGUUCCAAAUUGCCUCUGCUAUGUUCUUGGAAUUCUGUAUUUUUUGUGCAUAGUUCAUGGUAAUUUUAUUGUCACAGUGAAGAAUUUUGGUGUAAUGUUUAUAGUGCACCUUUGUCUUGGUUAGAAUUUGUGUUCUGUACCAAAUAAAGCUCUCUCUUCGUACUACUUGAUAAUUUGAUUCCAGAUGUUCUCUCAGGGUUCAAUGUGUUUGUCCAUGACCAGAACUGGAUUACAUUGUUGUUAAAAUAUUUUUAGGAAGCCAUUAAAUUAUGUGCUGUAUGUUCUUGAUAAAUUUCUUCCCAUAGUUUGUCUAGUUAAUACUCUCUGAGUAAGGAUGACUGAGACAGUAUUCAUGACUCUGUGAAACUUUUAUGUAGUCUCCUUGUAGAUUAAUGCACUUGGUCCAAUGAUGUUAAAGUGCCUUGAUCCCACGUCGAAAAUGAGUUUCCUCCAGGCCUGCAAAAUAUUUGUCAACUCCGGCUAUCAAUUCUUCAUUUGAAGUGAAUCUUCGUCCACCAAGCAAAAUUUUCAGUUUUGGGAAGAGAUGGAAGUCUCGUGGAGCCAUAUCAGGUGAAUAAGGCAGGUGUGGCAACAAUUCAUACCCUAGUUCAUGUAAUUUUGGCACGUCCAUUCUCAUGCAUUUUUGAUCCAGCUUCAAGAGUCAGGCCACCUAUCUUGCAGAUAAGUUUUUUAUCAUCAUCUAAGCUCUCCCUACCAAAUUUAAAUUCAUUUGUCCUCUUGGCAAUAGUUGAAUACAAAGCAGCAGAGUCCUCCAGUGUGGGGAAGUGGCUGAGCGGUUCUAGGCGCUUCAGUUUGGAACCGCGUGACCGCUAUGGUCACAGGUUCGAAUCCUGCCUCGGGCAUGGAUGUGUGUGGUGUCCUUAGGUUAGUUAGGUUUAAGUAGUUCUAAGUUCUAGGGGACUGAUGACCUCAGAUGUUAAGUCCCAUAGUGCUCAGAGCCAUUUGAACCUCCAGUGUGUUCUGGAAAUCGGCUUGAAUGUCCUUUGCUUUCAUACCUUUCUUUACGAAGUACGUAAUCACUGCCUGAAUCUCAAUUUUUCUCCAUCUUCACAAAUCACUACAUGGGAACAUGGUGAGUAGCAACUUUCGUUUUCAUAAUAUUGCAGGCUUUUAUUUUCUUAGCAAAAACUGAUUGAUGAUGGCUGGAUUAAUUCUGACAUUUAGCCAUCACAGUCAGACCAAUUGUUUAUUAUGGGUCUCACAUCUGAUUUUUGAAAUACAAUAGGAUUUUGAAAUUAAUUAUUAAUUGCUGUUGGGCUGUGUCCUUUCCUUGUUGAGAAUGUUACUGUGGGGAAAAACCCAAAGUUGGUCAUCAGUAACUCUAAUUGCUCUUUAUUAGAACUAUUUUGAGAUCACUAUUGUAAUUACCAGUUACAGCAACUUCCUAAUUGUUUCUGUAGCAUUUUAAUAGUGGACACACUCUAAUUGCCUGGUGAUGUUUAAUCAUUUUUCUCCUUACGACAUAUACUCUGUCAGAUUUGUUGUUGUUUUUUGGCCUAAGUCUGAAGACUGUUUUGGUGCUGCUCUCCAUCCUGCUUUAUCGUGUGCCUUUUUAUCUCUGUAUAAUCACUGCAACCUACAUCUAUUUGAAUCUUCUUACUGUAUUGAUCUCUUGGUCUCCCUCCUCAGUUUUACCCACCCACACUUCCUUCCAUUACCAAAUUGACGAUUCCUUGCCGCUUCAAGAUGUGUCCUAGUAACUGAUUCCUUCUCUUAGUCAUUUCUUUUUUUCCCCAAUUCAAUUCAGUUCCUCUUCAUUAGUUACUUAUACUAUCCAUCUCAUCUUUGGCAUAUUUCUGUAGCGCCACAUUUCAAAAGCUUCUUUUUUCUUCUUGUGUGGACUCCUGCCACAUAGAUUUGUAUUAAAUGUUAACAAAUUCCCCUUUUUUACAAAAAUGUUUUUUUGUUCGGUAGCUAACCUGCAUUUUAUAAUUUUUCACUUUGGCCAUAAUCAGUUAUUUUGCUGUAUAAAUAGCAAAACUUGUUUACUACCGUUAGUUUCUCAUUUCCUAAUCCAACUCCCUCAACAUCAAUUGAUUUAAUUUGACUAAAUUUCAUUUUGUUGGCAUUCGUCUUACAAUCUCUUAUCGAGACUUAUAUCUGUUUCAUUCCACAGCUCUUCAGAAUACUUCGACAUCUCUGAUGAAUUAGUGUUACUGAAAGUUUUCAUUUCUUCUCCCCAAAUGUAAAUUCCCUGUCCAAAUUUAUUCUUGGUUUUCUUCCUGUACUUGCUCAGAGCACAGAUAGAAUAUUAACCACAGUAGGCUACAACCCUGUCUCAUUCCCUUGUCAAACACUGCGUCUCUUUCAUGUCUCUUAAGUCUUAUAACUGUAGUGGGUUUUGUACAAGUUAUAAAUAACCUGUCUCUUACUGUAUUUUACCCUUGCUACCUUCAGAAUGUUAAAGAAUGUAUUCCAGCCAAUGUUGUCUAAGGCUUCCUGCAAAUCUAAAAAUACUGCAAACAGAGGUUUGUCUAUCUUCAAUAUAUUUUGUAAGAGAAGUUGUGAGGUGAGUAUUGCCUCCUGUGUUGGUAUGUUUCUCCAUAAUCCAACCCAAUUCGUCCCUCAGGUUGGCUUCUACCAAUUUUUCCACUCUUGUGUUUUGCAAUCAAGGCUUAUGUAAUUGAUGGUAUGGUAGUAUCCACACCUGUGCAAUUUCUUUGAAAUUGGAAUUAUUAUAUUCCUCUUGAAUGCUGAGGGUAUUUCACCUGUCUCAUAUAUCUUGCUCACCAGGUGGAAUAGUGUUGUCAUGUCUGGCUGUCCUAAGGACCUCAGUAAUUUUAAGGGAAUGUCGUCUGCUCUGUGGGUUUCAUUUCAACUUACAUAUUUCAGUGCUCUUUCAAAUUCCUCUUGCAGUAUUGUAUCUUCCGUUCCUAUAAUAUUGCCUUUGCGCUAAUUUCCCUUUUAUAGCACUUCUGCGUAGUCAUUUCACCUUUCAGCUUUCCUUUCUUUUCUUAGUACGAGAUUGCCGUCUCAGCUCUAGAUAUUCAUACACUUGCUUCUAAUUUCACCAAAGGUCUCUUCAAUUUUCCUGUUAGUGGCAUCUGUCUUUCCCCUAAGCAUGGUUGUGCAUACAGCCUUUCAUGUUUCAUCUAGAUGUUCCUGAUUAGGCAGUUUGCACUUUCUGUCAUUCUAAUUUUUUAAACAUUUUUCUCUUCCGCCUGCUUAUUUUCCUGCAUUUUUAUAUUUUGUCAUUUCAUCAUUCAGGUUAAGUAUUUUUUGUGUUACCCAUCAAUUUUUCAUGAGAUUUCGUCUUUCUGCAUAUUUGAUCCUCUACUGCCUUCAAUAUUUUCUCUCUGUGCUACCCAUUUGCCUUCUUGUCCUUACCGCCGUUUCAGUCAGUCAUUACCUAAGGUCAUAGUGUCGGCAACCACUACUGCUUUCAUCUUCCCUUCACCAGCUACGUGUGGCACUCUGAGCACUCACCUAUCACCACAAUGAAGAGCAGUGGUGAGAGUGCAGUUCCCUGCCUCAAGCCGGUGUCCUGUUCCGACUAAUCUGGCCACACUCCUCCCACUUGCACACAGCUCGCUCUCUUGCCAUACCUUUCUCUCAUCCUUGGUAUAGUCUAUUUGUUCUCCAGGGACUUUGUUUCUACACAUCUUUAUGUAACAAAAUGGCACAUACAUUGUUGUGUAUUACAGCCUGUAAUUUAAAUGAAAAUUGUGUAUUCGUAACCUCGUGCUGGAAAACUCAAUAGUCUUCUUAUGGAGUUUGUGCAUUUAUAUUUACUGAUAACUGAGAUUAUUGUUUAGUAUAACUAUUCACAGGAUUUAAGAGUGGAGAAUGAAAUAAUUCCAAAAAUUAGAGAGUGUAUCUGUUACACUUCCAUGUGUGUCUGUCAGCAGUACCAUACAUUUACCAUUUGUGAAGGUAAAUUACUGACUAGCAGUUCUGUCUCAUAAUUUGUUUGUUUUCUUGAUUGAAUUUUCCUGUAAUAAGUAUUAUCAGUUUGGUUCUUUCAGGUACCUUUUGUUUUCAGGGUGUAUUAGUAGUAUUGUUUCACAGUAUGAUAAUGACAUUAUGUAACUUUCAAGAUAAGUUUGUCAUGUAGAAAUAAUAUAAAUGAACAUUCAGAGUUCCCAGGAUCUCAAAUCAGGAGGAAGCAAUACUCAGGAUGUCUUUUAGUUAGUCUGGUUUAACUGUCGGAAUCUCUCCAUUGUACUGAUUCUAAUUGGUCUCUCUACUCAUGUGUAUUGGGUAUAUUACCUGCUGCAGCAGUGUUGUUUUACCAUUAACAGGACAUAUUGUGAGGAACAGACAUCAUGUAUUAUAUAUACAGGCAGUGUAGCUGACGCAAAGCACAACUAUAAUUCCCGUCAUCAACAUUUUGGGACAUUUUUCUAUUGUGAAGUAAAAUGAAUUAACACUAUUCAUAAUCUGGAUCUCUUUGUACAAAGCUGUGUUGAUACACUUCUUUCUUUUGUGUUCAGCUAUCCUGUCAUAUAUGGCAUAUAUGUAAUUGCUCAUUUUACUUACUUACAUGGUUUGUGGUUUAUAUUUUACAGAGAUGUUCUCCUGUAUACUACCAUCUAACUGAAAUCUUGCAAUUCCUAUCAUCAAAAUGCAAAUAGUUGCAUUGCUACUUGUUAUGCCUUCCUAAGUUAAAAAAUUUACUUUAACAUAAUGGUAAAAAAUAUUUUUAUAUAAUAAACCGUUGUAUAUGAUAUAUUGUUUUGUAACUAUUUUUAUAUUGUUCUAUUUUACACAAGGUGUGAAAAAUAAACAUUUUAUUUUUUCUUGUUUUAA